CCGGGCUGCCCGCCGUGGACGAGAUGCGGCGCUUCCGCCUGCUUGUGUGCUGCCUGCUCUGCGGCGUUUGCGCCUCCCUCGCCGACGCCUUUGGCCUGCCACCGACGCAGUUCGUGGAGCGACUGCGCCUCGGCGUCGGCGACCAGGCCGCGAUCAGCGCGGUGUGGGGCGGGUGUUCCGCGACUUCACGCUGCCGUGCGGCUUCCUGUACGGCUGCGCCGGCCCUUUUCCCCCGAUGCGCGUCUGCCAUGUCACAGGCGGGCUCGGGGGCGCUGCUGCUUGGCUUGACGUUCGACGGAUUCGUCCCGGGAAACGCGACCAACUUCUCCGUGCGCUGCGCCGUGAUGAGCACCCGCGCCGGUUUCGUUGGGGCGUGGCCAACGCCGUGGCGUUGGCGGAGGCCUCCCCGCGAAUCCCCGGCCCCGUCAUUGCCCUUGCGAAGGUGCUGACCGGGCGUGGCUCUCCCGUGCUUGCCGCUGUGGGCGUGAGCCUCUUCGGCGACAACGUCUCCGGCUUCAUUUACGCCAUCGUGGCACACGCCGUCGUGGUGUGCGGCGUGGCGGCCCUCGCGGUGGCCCUGCCGCCGUACUUCGUCAACGGGUGGUGGCGCCGCGGCAAGAGUGAGGAGCAGCUCGCCGCGAUGAGGGCCCUGGAGCCCGCGUACCGCCGCAAGUUCGUCCCGGUGCGUCGGCUACUUCGUUGCGGCCCUGCUGCUGGUCUUCUUCACCGUGCAGGCCCCCGUGGUGAGCUACACGAAGGUGUCGAGUGGGGCUUCCGUCGCCCUCGGCGGCAUCACGCCUGCGCUCUUGCUGUGCCUCUUCCUGAUGCUGCUGCCUGUGCGGUGGCUGGGCGGCAUGGACGGCGGUGCUGGGGAGGAGCCCGCGACGCGCCGACGCUGCUGCUGAAUGCGCGGCUGGCCGACGUCCACGGGAUGAAAAGUGCCCUCGACCACCUCGUGCGCAGAUGA